UGCACGGCUGCCGUACCGCCGCCACUCCUGUAGGCGGAUACUGCUCUGUCGGGAGCAGUCUAUCUCAGCAAUAAACAACGACGAGCACAGACGAUACCGAGCGAACGACCCUAUCCUUUAAUAAUAAUCAUAAUAAAACAAAACUACCAUCAGUUACCUCUCAGUCCCAUCCUAAUGAAGGAGCUUCGCCCUGACUGACUUUGGGAGAUGGGAUUACUCAAUAUAACAGACCAGCCCCCACUGGUCCAGGCUAUAUUUAACAGAAAUGCUGAAGAAGUUCAAUUAUUGUUGCACAAGAAGGAAGAAGUCAAUGCACUGGACCAAGAGCGCCGGACUCCUCUACAUGCUGCUGCUUGUCUGGGCGAUGUCCAUAUAAUGGACCUCCUCAUUAAUUCAGGUGCUAGUGUUAAUGCUAAGGACCAUGUGUGGCUGACCCCACUGCAUAGGGCAGCUGCAUCCCGCAAUGAAAGGGCAGUAAACCUGCUGCUACGCCAGGGCGCCGAGGUGAACGCGCGGGACAAGUUCUGGCAGACGCCGCUGCACGUGGCGGCCGCCAACCGGGCCACGCGGUGCGCCGAGGCGCUGCUGCCGCAGCUGAGCAGCGUCAACGUGGCCGACCGCACCGGCAGGACCGCGCUGCACCACGCCGCGCACAGCGGGUACCUGGAGAUGGUAAAGCUGCUUCUGAACAAAGGGGCCAAUCUGAGCGCGUGCGAUAAGAAGGAGAGGCAACCAAUCCACUGCGCUGCCUACCUGGGGCAUUUGGAGGUGGUGAAGCUGCUGGUGUCUCGGAGUGCGGACGCGGUGUGCAAGGACAAGCGCGGGUACACGCCCCUCCACGCCGCGUCCGCCAGCGGCCAGAUCGACGUGGUCAAGUACCUGCUGCGGCUGGGGGCCGAGAUCGACGAGCCCAACGCCUUCGGGAACACGGCGCUGCACGUGGCCUGCUACAUGGGCCAGGAGGCCGUGGCCAACGAGCUGGUCAACCGCGGCGCCAAUGUCAACCAGCCCAACGUGCGCGGCUACACCCCCCUGCACCUGGCCGCCGUCUCCACCAACGGCGCCCUCUGCCUGGAGCUGCUGGUCAACAACGGCGCCGACGUCAACAUGCAGAGUAAAGAAGGGAAGAGCCCUUUGCACAUGGCCGCCAUUCACGGCCGGUUCACACGCUCCCAGAUCCUCAUCCAAAACGGCGGAGAGAUAGAUUGUGUGGAUAAAUAUGGCAAUACUCCUCUUCACGUUGCUGCUAAGUACGGCCAUGAGCUGCUGAUCAGCACCCUGAUGACCAACGGUGCUGACACAGCCAGGCAGGGGAUCCACGGGAUGUUCCCGCUGCACUUGGCCGUGCUCUAUGGGUUUUCAGACUGUUGUCGCAAGUUACUCUCCUCAGGUCAGCUGUACAGCAUUGUGUCGUCUCUGAGCAACGAGCACGUGCUCUCAGCCGGAUUCGACAUAAACACUCCGGACAACUUCGGGAGGACCUGCCUGCACGCUGCUGCCUCUGGGGGAAACAUUGAAUGUCUUAACUUGCUGUUGAGUAGCGGUGCUGACUUGAGCAGGAAGGACAAAUUGGGAAGGACUCCACUGCACUACGCGGCGGCUAACGGGAACUCGGCGUGCACGGUGGCGCUGGUGAGCACCGGGGCCGAUGUCAACCAGCCCGACAGUAAAGGCUGCACCCCCCUGCACUACGCUGCUGCUGCUCAGGCCUUCUGCCGAUUGGACAGGAAUUCCACCGGGGCCCAUCUGAGUGAGGAGGACAGGGAGAAGGAGACGUUUUUCUGUUUGGAGCACUUGCUAGAUAACGGCGCGGACCCGUCUGUGCGCAACGUCAAGGGUUACAGCGCCGUCCACUACGCGGCUGCGCACGGCAACAAGCGCAACCUGGAGCUGCUCUUGGAAAUGUCCUUCAACUGUCUGGGAGAUGUAGAGAGCAGCGUUCCGGUUAGCCCCCUGCACUUAGCUGCCUACAACGGUCACUGUGACGCGCUGCGCGUGCUGGCAGAGACGCUGGUGAGCCUGGACGUGCGGGACGGCGGGGGCCGCACCGCGCUCUUCCUGGCCGCCCAGCAGGGACACGCCCCCUGCGUGGAGCUCCUGCUGGCGCACGGGGCCUCCUGCCUCCUCAAAGAGGGCCGGCGGAAGUGGACCGCGCUGCACGCCGCAGCCGCCAACGGCCACACGGAGUGCCUGCAUCUGCUGAUCGACAGUGGGGAGAAGGCCGACAUCACAGACAUCACGGACCUGCAGGGACAGACUCCCUUAAUGCUGGCUGUGCUGGGCAGCCACACUGACUGCGUUCACCUGCUGCUGGAGAAAGGAGCCACAGCCGACGCCGGGGACAAGAGAGGAAGGACAGCCCUGCAUCGGGUGGCCGUGAUGGGCUGUGAGGAAUGCGUGCUGGCCCUGCUGGACCACAGCGCCUUGGCGCUCUGCCGCGACUCGCAGGGCCGCACGCCGCUGCACCUGGCGGCCUCCUGCGGGCACGCCGAGCUGCUGGGCAGCCUGCUGCAGGCCGCCGCCCACUCCGACCCCCUGGACUGCCUGCUGGACUACAGCAGCUACACCCCCACACACUGGGCUGCCUACCACGGCCAUGAAGACUGUUUGGAAGUUUUACUUGAACACAAACCAUUUAGUAUCCAGGAAGGAAACCCUUUCACCCCAUUGCACUGUGCUCUAAUAAAUGGCCAUGAAGGUGCCGCAGAGCUGCUGCUGGAGACCGCCGGCGCCCAGAUCCUCAACAGCAGAGACGACAAAGGAAGGACCCCGCUCCACGCGGCCGCCUUCGCUGAGAACGUCGCCGGGCUGCAGCUGGCGCUCUGCCAGGGCGCCGAGGUCAACGCCGUGGACCACGCCGGGCGCUCCGCCCUCAUGGUCGCCGCCGACAACGGGCAGACCGCCGCCGUCGAGAUCCUGCUCCACCAGGCCAAGGCGGACCUGACUCUGCUGGACCUGAAUAAGAACACCGCUCUACACCUGGCCUGCAGCAAGGCUCAUGAGAUGUGUGCCCUGUUGAUUUUGGGGGAGAUCCAGAACCCGACUCUCAUCAAUGCAACGAACAGCGCACUACAAAUGCCCCUCCACAUCGCGGCGCGGAACGGCCUGGCGACGGUGGUGGAGACGCUGCUCAGGCGCGGAGCCACAGUGCUGGCGGUGGACGAGGAGGGACACACCCCAGCCCUGGCCUGCGCCCCCAAUAAGGACGUUGCAGACUGCCUGGCCCUGAUCCUCUCCACCAUGAAGCCUUUUCCUCCCAAAGAGCCCGCUGGCGCCCCCUUCAGCCUGGGCCUGCUGAAGCACUGCGGCAUCGCGGCCGGCUGCGGGCCCCUGCCCAACGGCAGCCUGCGCCACGCCUACGCCAAGGACCGGCACGGCACCAUCGGCCUGGACGGCUGCUUCUCCGAGUGACCCCGCCACCGUGAGCCGGUGACCCCUCCCAACGCGCGUUACGCGAGCAGGAGAACGUCUCUGUGCGUCUGUGUGUGUGUGUGCGUGUCUGACUGCGCGAGAGUCCGCGUGUGUGUGUGUGUGCGUGUGUGUGUGUGAUGUUCUGUAGGGGUGCAGUCAAACCUAUAUGCAAUUACAGGCCCUCUCUGCCCCCCCUCCCCACCCCCACCCCCCUCUGAGUGGGCAGCUCUGCUGAGUCCCAGCAUGCACUGGGCUUUGGCAGUUAAUUGGAAUUUAACUGAAAAAAAAAAAAAAAAAACGGACUUAUGGGUAAUGACCAUCGAAAAUGAAUUCAAGUCAGAGAAGUGUAUUUUUGGUAUGAAGCAUUUCUCAGCAUUUAAAUUUUUAUUUUAUUUUUUUAAUUAUUCGCGUCGGAUGGUCACGGAGAGUCAUUUCUUUUUGGCCACUGAUCUUGAUUUGCGAUUUUAAGGUUUUUUCUUUUCUUUUCUUUUCCUUCUUCGCUUGCGUACGGCACGCCCUGGGGAAUGUGAACGUGGAUGUGUGAGGGGUCACCGAGCGGUUUGCCCCUGCGCUGCGUGGGAUUGGCCCGGCGCUACUCCGGAGGGUCGCAGGGUCACGUGGGGGGGCAGCCGUGGAUUUGACUGCACAGCGUUGGGAGGGUGGGCCGGGUGGGGGGUGCGGUUGUGACAGUGUGCAGGAAAACCUCGCCUUCAGCCGGCUUGCCCAGGGUGGCCUUUUCCAAAAUCGCCCAAUCCGGUGGCAUCCAGGGAUGCAUUCUGCUGUGCUGUUUGUGGCACAGGCCUACCACCCUUUCUGCUGGUUAUCUUUCAUACAGAGCACUCCAGUAGUGACACAAAGAAAAUAUUCGAAUCACCAUAUGAAAAUUUGAGGGGGAAGUAGCCAGGCAACUUCCAAUCAGCUGCUCUCAACCUUCUUGCUGGAAGGGAAAGCCGAAAUGAUCGUUGAUAUGGAAAAAUCGCACCCUUCCAAAAAAAAAAGCCACUCCCCCAACAGAGAAAUGGCCCGUGGGCGGGGCGUUAACCUGGUGCCUUGUGGGUAAUGCGGGGGCGCGGUUUUCCUGCAAGCUGCGCCAGAGCGUAACGGAUGGGACUAAAACGGGGGUGCGAGUGUGAUCCAGCGUUGUGUUCCUGGGAGAACCCCCCCCGUACGCGCGCACACACACACACACACUUUCCCUCCAACCACCCUGACACCUUUAAACCGAUGGUCGUUAAUGGCAGCCUUUCCUUUCGUUUAAAUAGCGCAACUUGAACUUGAACAAUUUGAAGAAAAACGUGAAGCACACACUGAUUAAAACCGGGCCAUGCCAUCUUAUUUAUUAUCAUCGUCAUUAUCAUUAUCAUUAUUAUUCCAUUUAUAAGAAGUUGAUAAGCUCGAUUUAAGCUCUUGUGGGCAUCUUGCACAGUUGUAGAUAGUAGGGUGAAAAUUUGGCCAAAUGUGAACACUAUUUUCUAGGUAAAGAUUCCACAAUUUUCACAAUCAGUCUAUUUUAACUUGUGGAGAUCUAUUGAAACUUUUUGCACAAAUAGCGAUUAAGGGUUUUGCUCGAUUAAAUACGUGUUCUUUUUGUUUAUUUUCUUCCUACGUAGCUGCUAAAUAUUUGCCACCUCAUGUAUUGAAUUUACAUUUUGUUUUCCUCUUUUUUUAAUUUUUAAUUUUUUUGUCCCCCAGACCUCAGAGAGCAAUACCCUUAGACAGCCUCCAAAUUUAUGCGUUACUUUUUUGUGUGGUGCCUUUUUUGGAAGAAAAACAAGUUUCUUUCAUUAAAUUAGUUGCACUUUUUUCCUUCACAUUAAUUUAAUUAUUUGUCUGAAAAUGUAGUUUAGUGUACUGAGCUGGAAUGUUUUUGACUAAUAAAAAGGAAUGACCAAAGGUAAUUAUGUUACUGCUAUGAUGGCUUUCAUUGUUACGAUGGGGAGCACAUCAUUUAAAAUCAGCCCGGCGGCCAUUUUAGAUACUGGCAUACUGCAGUUUUACGAUUUCCACCCACUUCAUCACUCCGGGUAACAUUAUUACAUACCCUCUCAGUAUGGAUGUACUCAGUGGUGUUUAAAAUAAGUCUGUUGUUUCCACUGCAUUCAGUAGAAUAACGUUUAUGUCUCUUGUGGAUUGGCCAAUAUCUCUGGUAUUGAGCUUGCAAAGAUCAAAUCAGAUUGUUAAAUAGAUUCAUACCAUUUUGUUCCCGAAUAGUUUUUUUCUUUUUUUGCUCUGCAGUUUUUUGCAACAAUUUAUUAAAUGAGUUUUUAUGACUUUUUUCAAUGACAAUCAAUAUCAUAAGGGCUUUUAAUUUAUGAGGUAAUGCUUUCUUCACUUUGUUUUGCUUAAUUAAAAAAAAAAAAAGAAAAAAAAGAAUUCCACCUAAACAACUGACUGCUUUUAGGCCCGUGUAAUGACGUGUGUGCUUCCGUUUUUCUGUCGUUUAAGAGAAAAUGUGGGAAAAAACAAAAAAUGAAAUUGAUGAGUACCUCUGGGCAACUAGUUCUAUGAUUGUUUAUACCAGUACAACUUUUGCUCCUUUUAUGCUAACCGUUGUGCUUCUACUUGACAUUUGUUAGUAGCAGUCUUACUUUGAUUCUACGUAGGUUUUGCUCUCCUAAUCCUCUUGCCGUCGUGGCUGAAAGGCAGACGAAUAGCGGUGCAGAAUGAGCACGCGUGCUGACAGGAGGGGAGGGGGAGAGUGCGUGAUGGGGGGUCAUUGUGUCAUUGUGAUGCCUGGAAGCCCGCGGAACGGCAAGAGGACCGACGGAAUACCAAAUAGCACAGUUCCUUAAACACCGCGGUAAUCUUAAAAGAAGUAGAAGCAACCUGAAGAAAAUUAGCAUCAGUGCGUCAGAUUCGCAGCGUUUCGCUGACUGAGAUUUUCAUUUUUGGUUCCCUGGUACAUUCAAAUGUAGGGCUGGGAAGGAACCAAAAGGAGAAAAAAAAACAAAAUGAGGGAGAAAAAAAAAAGAACAAAAGCUUAUCUUGCACCCACGUGUGGCCAGUACUGGUGUUUCACAAGGUCUUUAAUUUUGAAUUUCAAAGCCUUUAACAUGAAUUUUAAAAAAUUUAAAAAAAAGAAUAGAUAUCCUUUACAGUUUGUGGAAUGGCAUAUGCCAAAACCAGUGGCACUGCUGUUCUUUGUAAGGAUGGUACUAUAAUGCUGAAAAUGAUUGUAUUAAUCUACCUGAAUUAUUUUUUUUUUUUUUUGGUUUCUUUUUGUGUUGUUUCUUUACGCAAGCCUUUUCUGUGAUGUCAGGGGUAAGCGAGGUGACGUCACACGAACAAUGAAGCCAUUAGACGACGUUCUUAUGAAGCUUGAGAGGGUGGUGGGGAGGGUGGGGUUGGGGGCGGGGGUGUGGGGGGGGGAGCAGCCCAGCAGGUUCUCCUCGUGUGGUGUUACGGUGUGACAUUUCAUGGGCAACGAAUUGAAAGUUCCUCACGGGUCAUGUGUUUAAACGGGCAAAAAAAGACCUCCCUUUUCUCCAUUCCCUUUAAGACUGGAUACUGGGGCUAAAAUGUGGAGUAAUUAUGGGUGACUAGGGUGAAGGGAUGGUCACUUUUGCCUAUUGGUUUUUUUUUUAUUUUUUUCGUUUUUCAUUUAUGCCUGUUCGUUUACAAAUUGGGUAUAUAGAUAUUCAUAUUUACAGGGGCAGUGUGAAACCAGUAAGCUUUUUAGAUUAGAAAAAAGAUAAAACGAAAAAAGUAAUAAAAAUAAAGUAAAAAAAAAUACAUAAAAAUGUCAACAUACAGUUCCACUCAGCCCUAAUCCAAAGCACUUGUUCGAAUAAAUAAGCACUUUUAUAUCUUUAAUAUCUAUAUAUGUAUGUGUGUACAUGUGAGUAUAUUUGUAUGUGUAUGUAUACGUAUAUAUGCAUAUGUGUAUACUCGUAUAUGGGUGUGUACGUGUCUGUGUGUAAAUGAGCAUAUAGGCAUGUAUGUGCACGUAUAAGCGUCCUGUUACAUAUGUAGAUAUUAAGCAUAAGGGUUACAUUUUCCUAACUAGGUGCAUGAGUUGGUGACUCGUCUUUGUGACUUUGAGUGAGAAAUGGUGAAGGAUAAAACCAUAAGGGGUUUCUCUUUGGGAUCGAUCAGCAAAGGGAAAUAUCAGAAACGUGUGCGCACCAUCGAACACGCACGCGUAGCACAAGUACAUUUGACAUUCGGAGUGUAUUUGCACUGCCAUUCAAUUUAUGAGUUGCCAAAAAAAUUUGAGAAGAGCAAUGUAAAGACUACGUUCGGUAUAAUAGGAAACAAUAUCUAGUCUGGAGAAAUCAACUGAGCCAUUAAAGUAAAAUUGCUGACAAAAGCUGAAUGUAUAAUUCAAGCAGGAGGCAUUUUGGUUGUAGAUCAGUUUUGACUAUGAAUUUUUGCCGAAUUUGUUCGAGAAAAUAUGUAAUAGGGAAAAAAAUGAACUUGGCCCAUUUUAUUUUUUCUCCUCCCAGUUGUCUUCCUGUAAUGAAAUUGCGCAGCCUGUUGUGAAAUAUCAGGGUGAUUUGGCCUCUUUGUGUUUGAGUCAUUGCAGGGUUUUUUUUUAAUUGUUAUUUUAUUGGAAGUUAUCCGGCUCUGUGUUGGACUGUCUGAAAGGCGGCCUGCGCGAGGAAACGCCGUUCCCGUGACCUCACGGCGACACUGUACGUGCCUGACUCUGCUCUGCACAAAGCCCACACCGACAAUAGAAGUCCUUGUGACGUUGCGUUUCGACUUUUAAAAAAAAAUUAGUUUUAAUGAUUCUGCACACUUAGGAGCUGGGCAGGAGUUUCAGCUUGUCUGCCUGUGGGAGAGAAUCUGAGCUGCAGUAUUACCAGACCAUAAAUAAUGCCUUUAAAACACUGCAUUCCACGCAUAUUAAAUGAAGUUUUGGAAGUAUGUACUUUAAAGUUUGAAAGAAAAAAAAAAUGCGUUUAUCGCACCCCAUACUGUUAUAUGCAUCCAGCCUUCAAGUGCCACUGAAACGUUUGGUCAUCUUUAGAAAUGAUGUGCUCCUUCUGCCGUGUAUAGUAGUCAGUAUGUAGUCAGUACUUUCAUGGAUCUGUUUGGCACAAACUAUUAGACCAGAAAAGAAAAAAAUAUAUAGAUAUGUACAUGGAUUGAUGUUGCUUAAUUGUAUCCUAAACUAAUCUUCCUUCUUACAAAUGCUGCAAUAUAUAUAUAUAUACUCAAAGAAAUAUUUAUGCACAAGCAUUGAUGUAAAAUCAAUGUAAUGAACUGCCAUCACACAGAAAGUCAUACAAUUCAUAAUGAAGGCAAGUCUAACUUACUGCAGCAAUCUACUGCAUGCACUGCGAGAUAAAUCCUGGACUGGCUCAAACAAAGAGGACUGAAUUUCUGAUUGCUUCUGAGUGAAAGGAAGGCUUGAGAGUUUGUGGGUGGGUCAGGGUGGGGGUUUUGUGGUGAGGGGUGUGGUGAGUUGAGUUUGCUUGAAGUUCCGAAGUACGUACAUUCUAUAGAAGCCUGAAGUUAGUUAGCCGGUCCGAGAUGCUGCGAUGUUAGAAAGCAAUAGAGUUGCCGCGGGAUGCAUGUUGCACAAAUUAGAGGAGUUUGGAGUUUAGGUGGUGGAAUUUAAGGAUGGAAAUAAGGCCAAUUUGGAUGCUUUGAUGUCAGAAAAAAAGAAAAUGUGUGUUGAUUUACAGUUUUAAAAAAAUAUACGUAGAGCAUCCUUUUUUCCUCCACAUUCAUUUUUGUAUUCAUUCUUAAUGAUUAACUAAUACCAUUAUUCAAGCGGUAACUUGUAGCCAUAAAGAAAACAAAUGCUUACUGUAGCAACUGAAAGAAUGAGAAGAUUUAACGUGGUGCGGGUUUGGAAAGAUUUCAUGUCUUGCGGGUUUGGAACGUUUUGGGGGAGAAACAAGGGAGAGAAGUGAUUCUUCGGCACCUGAGGUGGCAUUAUUCGCGUCGUCGCUGCGGUAACGUCGCAAGUCGAGUCGGCCCUUGCCGGCCGAGGCAGGGUCAGAAUGUUCCGGUUUUUACCUCUUAGGACUUUGGUGUCCCGAUUUACUUGAAGAAGCAUCCAACUGAGGCAAUAGUGAGUACGAUCCCGGCUUUCGUUCCGGCGUCCAGCUGAGCUUUUGCCUUAAAGCGGGCUGCACCGCGGCCGUUUCCCCACCGCUCGGAGCGCCGACGCGCUCGGCCUGGCAUCGGGCGCUCGGUCUGCCGAGUACUCGGCCAGUCCGUGCGGCUGACUGAGGGGACGGGGACUGGGCGCUCCCGAAAUUAAAUUCAACGCCGCGCAACUGCCGCUUGCCUUCUUUAGCGUUUGAUUUUCAUUUUAAAGUUCAUAGGAAUUGUUAGGGAAAUUAGCAUCGAAUUGUGAAAAUGUGAUCCUUGCAAUUAUGACAUAAAACAGUUUUUUUUUUUAGCAUCCCACAAUGGUUUGGUCUGUUGAUUAUGUGACGAUGGGAACGGGUUGCAUGUGGUGGUGUUUCAGUUAGGGGGACUUUUCAUGUCAGCUCAAGCCAAGCUGAUGUCCUGCCUCAGUCCGACAGCCUUACGCACCCCGCUUUGUAUAUUUGUACACAGUUCCAUGUUGUUGCUAUUGUAACGAGUGAGUGGCUCGAGGUUCUCUGUGGAACAGCGUAGUUAAUUCGGCGUUUUGACUGGGGAAAGACUGGUUCCACUGUUGCAUUCCCGUUUUGCCCCGCCCGGCCUGGUCAAGCGACUGCCAGUACGAGACCUCUGCUCAGCAUUCAGGAAAGUAUUGAACCCGUUCACCUUCAUUCCUUUAUCUAUUUAUAAAUAUUUAUAUAUCUUCCCCCACACUGUAGUACUUGCUUCUAGUUACAUAUGACUUGCGCCAUCAAUUUUCAGACGUGGAUAACCUGUUUACAUACCUCAGAAUUUUUGGUGGUAUUUUCAGUAAGGAAUGGGGACACAGUGGCAGAUUUAAUUUUUUUAUUUUUCUGGAAGGGGGUAACUGAUACAGGCUUUCACUCCAACAUAGUCUCACCAUGCUAUCUCAAACCUGGGGCUGUACUUUUAGAUUGAGUGUGAUCUUGCUGCUUUUUAGCCUUGAGUUUGUAGCCGCAUCUGGGCCAUUGGCUUCUGUCAUUGUCCUGACAUCUGACUCGGGCUGAACACUGUCCAGUGUGUUUACCUGAACUCAGUGCAACUUCUGUUCUGUCCAUAUAGAACAUGUGUAGAACUGUUUUAUCAAUCUGCUGUAGUGCUUGUUUUUAAGAUGUCUUUUUGUUGUUUUUUUUUUUUUUUUUGCUUUUGUUGGGUAGUUUGGAAAAAGUGGUCUAGUCUUGACGUACGGAAGGGAGUUGCGUUUAAAAGUCCUCAUAAGCUACAAGUUGUUUACUGGACAGAGGGAAGUGUGAGGCAGCAUUCAACGACCGAAAAGAUAGAUUUCCUUCCGGAUGUUUUCAGCUCUUGGCAGUCAUCUUAUUCAUGAUACAGUUACAGAAGUACGAUGUUGUUUUUGCUCCAUUGGGUGAAUGUUGUAAUAUCAUUGUCCUCGGUGUGGCAUUCAGAAAGCAGCUGAGAAUGGGACACGCUUUUCUCUGGACCAGCCCAUUGGCGCCAGAUGGACCCUACAACCUUACCUCAUUAAGUGCAGUGGCACCUGACGCCAUUUCACCGACGCCAUUUCAUUCACGUACUGUAGAACGCCUCCACUCCUCAGGGAGAGGGAGGUUUUCCCUCAUUCAACAGCAUGAUGUGUGUAAACACACGCUCAUAUAAUAUGCAAAUGUGAUCAUUUUUCAUUUGUCGUCUUCAAACGCAUUUUGGAUUCGGUAUAUACAUCCACUUGUCACACAACUUUUUGUAUGGCACAGAACUGCUGAUUGGUUGGCUGUGAUGUCAGGUGAUGAGUUCACUGGAAUACAGCCCAAUCAGUGCUCUGCUGGAGUCUUCAAAGGCCCUCACUGGCAGAGUGUCAUCUUUUCAGAUUUGUACUAGAAUCCCUUUAAAUUCAGUGUCUUCAUUAAAGAGCUAUGCAGGAAAUGCUGUUCCUCAGAUUGGUGUCACGCAUAAACCAUGGUUUUAGGGUAAAGUUUCUUUUUUUGUUUUUUUUUUUCUUGGUAGAUUAUCGAAUCGUUGAAGCAGACACGACUGUGAGCCAGGUGCGUUUAAAACUGCCCAUUCAAUCGCCCCCCCCGGCGCCCAUAUCAGCGAUGCGUACUCCGCAGCUAUCCGUGGGGUUCCUCCCAACAGCCUUUUAAAGCCGUCUAAAUUGUACAUAUUUUAAAUAGCAUUUUAAAAACUGUGCCUUUUUUCUUUUCUUUUUUUAAAUUGAACGCGUGCUUCAGAGCGUGGUCUUCCAUUUUUACCUCUCGAAAGCCUUAAAACACAAGAGCAUCUCAAAAGGCGAAAAGGGCACAUCUCCCAAAAACCGUUAUCCGUUUGUGUGUGGAGUGAAGGGUAGCGGAGAAGUAGUCAACUCCUGAUUUGAGGCUGAGCUUCGCAACUGUCAUCGCCCCCCGUCUACUAGACUUUUUUUGGACUUCAUGCCAUCGUUUCUCAUCUUAUGUUGAGUUUCCUCUGUUUGGGCCCCUUCUGGCUGGUGGUGUUGUAGGGGGAGGGGCGAUAUUUGAAAGCACAAAUCCAAAGAAGAUUGCACAUAGAUUUAUUUCAUGCAUUUCUCCAUUUAUUAUUAUUUUUUUUGAGCAACUUUACUACCGUCAUGUAUAGUUUGCCGCUGGCAUUCCUCUCACGGGUCCUAGUCGUCGCUGCCUUAACCUCACUUGGGUUGCCAUGUUUUCAGUUCAUUUAACAUCUCUCCCUCCCUAAACCCUCCCAGUUCAAAGGGACAGGUGGACUGGUUUAAUGCGCAAUGCACUGUUCUUCACGAGAUGAUCAUUCCAUUUGGGUGACCACAGAGAAGCGAUACGGAGUAGUGUGCUUUGCGCUGUAGGAUUGGGAAUCAACAGCAUCUUGGCGUCAUUGCACCUGAUGCUAUUUGGUCAAAGUAAGCAGUGUGAAGUGAACGUGGUUCCAUUUAAAGCCAGCAUUGUCAUUCUCAACUCCCAGUUAGUGUUUCAAAUCAUCUUUUUCCUACCUGUGCUCAAAGUCACUUGUUGAGUUUGAAGGCAGGAGGGAUUUUGAUAAAGAUGCAUUCCUGUUCAAAUAAACAUAAUGUGCCAUCUCAAAAGGAAUGUCAUGGAACAAGAUGGCUGCUUUCAAGGGGUAGAAAACAACUCAAAUGAAGCUCCUUUAGGAGAAUUCACCUGAAUGUAAACCAGCACAUUGACCUCCAGGAAUUACAUUUGAAAUACUACUUUAAAUAUAGAGAAGCAGCAAUAAUGGCUAUUUUGGCUUUAAUAUUGUUCACCGUGGAGAUCUGAAUUGGAAAUGUUAGCUGGGCAAAAUGGAUGAUUGACAUGACGCCGCACUAGAAGCAGGAGGCCAGUGAUGUCAUUUUUAUAGCUGUAGAAUCACCUGUCAGGUGAUCUGUUGGCCUGAGCAGUACUCUUUCUUGAUUUGCAUUGCACUUGCUUGCCUAGAGAACACAUCCUAAAAGCUGCUGUUCCUCAUUUCAUAAAAACACAUUCUUGGAGACUUACAUGCAUUUUGCCAUUUCACACAAGUCGCCACUGGCAAUUAGAAGUUUUAUUUUCUCAUGGAACAUUGGGAACCAGCUUAAUUCCCAUUACUGUGUAGCGUUUGUGAAGUCCUGAACCAAAUGGGUACAUUUGAGCGAAUGGGGGGGGGGGGGGGGGGGACUUGCACGACGAUAUAUAUAAUGUGUUGGGGGAAAAUGUUGAUUGACACGUAGUCUAUAUUGUUUAGUUAACUGGGAUGCAAACCCCCUUUCGGGAAAGUUUAAUAAUUAGGCCAAAAGACUGUGUGUGUUCUGUGGUGGAUUAGUCCUGUUCUGCAUUGUGCUUACUGUGUCGUUGUGCUCUGUUGUACAGUGGUUAUUCUGGCUGUCUUUAUAUAUAUAUAUAUCUAUAUAUAUCUAGAGUCCUGGCAUGGGUCACCUCUUGGGUUUUUGUGCAAACGUCCUUUGAAUAAGGGAUGAGAAAAAGUGAGUUAAAAGUGCAAUAUUUUCAUGUUUUUGUAGCAAAAAAUAAGGUGAUUUUUGCCAUUGGAGGAGCAGAAUGGCACUUCAGUUCUGUGGAUCAAACUAAGAGGAGAUUUUGGGCAUCACAGCAGUUUGCUCAUGGGAGGAGCUUCAGCUCUGAUUCAGAGCAGCCACAAUACACUUUUCGGUUUGACUCUUGAUAAUGCAUUUUAGCCUUUGACUUUUAUAUUAGAUUGAGUUCAGCUAUCAUUGAAAUGCUAAAGCCAUUCUCAAUGAAUUGGUCAACUUUGCGGAAAAAGCAGAUGUUCCCCACGCUGCAGUUUAGAAGAUAUCCUGCAUUUUCAUCCCCCUUAUGUGAGCAUUUUCAACAUUUAAUGUUCUUGUAGUUGCCUUCACAGUACCUCAUGUGGGUAUCCUGAAACAUUUUGGCUGUCAGUAUUGAUGCCUGCUCUAGUAAAUGUAAGAACCAACCAACUGCUGAAAUGUAGUACGAUUACACAACAUCUGGUCUUUAUCCAAACUAUAAGCACAAGUUUAGUUGAUUCAGAGGUGUGGUUUUAGUUUCUCUUAAGCUAAUCAUGUGUUUUCUGAAGAGUAGUUAGGAGAGAAGUACCUUCAAGUCAUUUUUUGUUGUUCAAAAACAUUUUAGGAACUUGGCCUUAGCUUUUAGAGGCAGUUUGAGUGCCUCUGAUUGAAUUUAACCUCAAAUAAAUUGCUGACAAUGGAACUAAUAUGCAAAAAUACAUGAAUACACAAACUUGUACUUUUUUUUUUUUUUUUUUUUUUUAAUGUAGUAAUGAAAAUAAAGCCUCUUUGCAUAGCUCUGAAGCUAACAUUUUAAGUCAUUGCGGCAGUCCGAGUUAAAUAUUUGGAAUUUUUAACUAUGGGGUUGAUAACAUGGUAACAUUAAAAAAAACAGGCUUAACGAUGACUGUUCAUUGUGUGAAAUGUAAUUGGACUGAGCUGGAAAUGGUAUGACGGUGUUUCUGAUAGGAGACUGUACGGAGACGGAAACGAGUCUCCUGUCACCUGGGCCCGGCGCGGUUGGGCUUCCCCCCCGCCUGUUUCAGCACGGUUAAACCGUGCGCGACCGCGCUGGUGGAGGUCCGGGCUUGAGCACGCUCGGUGUGGUGAAGUUUGUGGCAGUAGGCUAACGCGGGGCUUUCGGUGGUCCACGCGGUCUGCCGCACGUCUGUUCUGCAAGCGUCCGCUUCCUAGCGGCCCGAGGAGCUGUCCAGGGCCGGCAUUAACGUUCUUAGAUGGCGGGUGUGUGGUGGGGAUGGAAGGAUUUUUAGCUUGUUGUCCUAUUCCCCGUUCCAUUCCAUUGGCUCCCUCACACUCCUACUCUUGUGAGUUUGCACUUUGAGCUGCUUUUUUACGUGUGGGUUUUUCUCUUCUCUUAUUGUUUGUUUAUUUUUUUUAAAAAAUAAUUUUUGUCCAACUUAAAAGCUUUCAACAGUAUUACUGGUGCACGGAAUUUUGGGGUCGCCUCAACUUGACGACUUAUUGAUGUCAGUUUCUAAAGCAUUUAAUAUCAAGCAGAUCUCAGUGCAACUAAAUAAUUGGUUUACGGGUGCUGAAGCUGAUGUCAUGUAUAUAAAAUUAAGCAUUUAACCAAUCAUAUUACAAUUUAUUGAAUUAGGGUUGGGCUUUGUUGUUUAACUGGCUGUCAGAAUUAUAUUGCUAGGCCAAAGGGUAUAGAAGAAAUAAAGGAUUGGUAUAUUGUAGGACUGUUUGUAGAGCAUUUGUUUUAAGCAGAGAGCACUACAUUUCCCAGCAUUCAUUUCAAGUGUAUUUUUGUUUUUUCCACUGUGUGCAUUGGCAUGGGCUUGAGGCCAUUUCUAAAAUUAUACAUAUCAUUUGAAACAGGGUGGACAUGCGGUGAACAGCUGAGAGCUGUGUCACAGAGCAGGAAAAGGAUGUGGCUCGCCUGUUUUUCCAGAAAGGUGUGUUUACGCACGUUCGGCCAGUUUACAGUCAUCUUUUGAUCAAGUCCCGUGAUUAACUGUAGUUUUUCAUCGGGAUCAUAAAGAUACAUUCCCUUUUGAAAGAGAUUUGUGCUUCACUUAUAAACAUGUAGGAAUUUAAUUUGGAUUUGUGCUUUUAGAAAAAAAAAAACUUGAUUUGAGUGAAAGGAUUUGCCAAGACUAAUGUACAGAGUUUGAGGGUGGAUGUGGAAUACACGUGGUGUAGACAAACCAGGAAUACGAUCAAAAAAGUUAGCUUGGGAGAUCAAACUUCUUUUAAGUUGAGAUGGGGCAGUGAGUUGCCUUGCUUUUAAACGUCGUAUGGCAUUUUUGAAGCAUAUAAAACCCAGACCAUUACCAUCCAGAUCCCACCUGUAGUGGCUUAUAAUGACACCGAGCGCUGGAGCUGUGUUUUGAUCUGUGGCCUAAGCCGCCCGCCAGUCCUCCAGUGUAACCGGGGAGUUUUGUGUAACAAGGAAAAAAGCUGGUAAUUUGCCUUGAUUUUCUGUUUUGCGAUAGAUAUGCAGUUUUUGUUGUCAGUGUACAGUAAGCCACCAAAUGUGCGGUUCGAUUAUUUACGGUAGUGCAUACAUUUCUGUGGGAUAUAUCCCAUUUUGCCGUGCAUAUUUUCAGCUUGGCUAGUGUUCCAGUGGACUAGCAAUACAGGAGCAGAAAAGGGCGUGUUCAGUAACUCAGUCCAAGCAAAGUGAUUGUCCAAACCUGGGUGGGGUCUGGCGGGGGCGGGGGGGGGAGUGGCCAAUGGCGUGACAGAUGAAGGGCCUACAGUGGGACAUUGAGGGACUCCCCCUGGAAACCUAGAGUGGUCCCUCUGGCCCGGAGAGCGGUCAGGCUUCGGUCAGGGCCCUGCUCGGGGUCGUGGGCGGUGUCAGACGGUGUGACGUACGGGAGGGGCGCCAAAUUCCGGCCCGGUUUAAACUCCCGCUGCGGAGAGAGGCUGCUUUUCAUUGGCUUUUGCACAGUUCCUUUCUUUAUCCCAUUAAUAUUAACGCUCACCUAGAAAACGGAGACCCGCCCUCCCCCCGCUCGGUCCCGAGCGUCCGUCAGGUGUAAGAAUUUUAGUUUGAGCGGGAAAAUUUGCCACCCGAGUGAUCCUGAUCUGCUGUUCUGUGUUUGGCGAGAUAUUUGUGCGUGUUGAAAAACGGGGUGUUCUGCUGACCCCUGAUACCUCAUUGACAUAUCUGCUAAUCUAUCAAGUGUAGAGAAUGCCUUCACCAGCAUGUGUUCUGGGCCUGAGACCGUGGCAGGACCGGUCACAUAUAUCCAUCUCUAAUCCAUAGGAAUACUAAAAUAAUUACAACAACAAAACAACUACCAGUGACUGGUCAGAGAAUACAAACACCUUUUUUCCACAAUUCAAAUGCUGUAAACCUUGAUCUUAUUUAGUGGAGCUAUUACGAUCUUGACGAUUACUAUUGUUCUUGUUAGUAGAAGUGUAAUUCCUACCUCCAUAUGUUUCAGCGCAAUGUAUCCAGCUGAUAUCCACCGGUUUUAGUGAUAUAUAAGUCUAUGGAUGGAAAACAAAUUAUAUCAUUUUACCAUUGUCAGUUGGAAUAGGAAGAAAAAGUGUGCUUGAUUUUUGUGUCUGUAUGUGUUUGAAAUGGAAAUAUUUAUAAGAAGAAAAAAAAGCAAACAAAUAUAUAUAUAAAUAUAUAAUACCACUGGAAUGUGAAGCCAAACUGUAUUACGAUUAAUAAUAAUUUCCUUUACGGUUCAAUGGUAGCAUAUACAUGAAAUGAACUUGUGGUGCACUUUUUUCUUUAUUUUUUUAGCAACACGCCCAUUUAAAUGUAGUACUGGAAAAGUACUAGGUAUUGGCAUUCUCUCAACACAUUUUAUUUAAGACGACCCAUGUUUUUUUUUUUUUCAGCUUCAUUUAUCUUCAUGUUGUAAAAUGUGUGCGUAUAUGCGUUCCAGCUGAGCCAUACAGUCUCGAAACAAGUUUACAGCUCUCAUAACGAUGACACUGUGUGAAUGCGUUUGUGUGUAUCUGACUUUGGUACAAAAGCAACAAAUGGAUUUUAUUUAAGAUGGUGGGGAGGGGGGGCGCACGUGACGUGUGUGAAGGGAACUUUGUCGUAUCCAGCCUUAUGCCUUCAGAAACACCGAGUCCAGUCCUCAGUUCAGAACGUUGUCAUUAACUUCCCCGCCCCCACCUCCUUUUAUAAGCCACGACGAAGUUGAGAUUGAGAGAGAAGGGGGCGGUGUGGGCGGGGUCUGCUGUUUGCAGACCCCUCUCCCAUCUCUCUCUCUCUCUCUGCCUUUCUUCCUGGAGUAAAAGGAGAUCCCUCCCCCUCUCCCCAAAAACAGUCCUCAAGCCAUUCAUGAAUUUAUGUGACAAUGCAAUCCUGAAAGCACUUUGCCUUGUUAACUCAUUGUGUGAGCUAGUAAAUGGUUAUUUGUUACAAAAGGAUGUUACAUACAUGUAUUUAAAAAAAAGGAAUUAUUAAAAACAUUCAUGAUUUGAGGGGGGAAAAAAAGAAAUUAUUCUGCAUCGGUCUUUCUGACAUUAAUAGAAACCUGUAUAAACCUCGGCAUUCAACCUCCAUCCCUUUUAUACAGUGUGUGCUACAGCCAAUGAGUCCUGUCAUUCAGUAUUGUGGCUUAGAAUUGGUUAUGUUUAAAUAAAGUGCUAUUGCUUAAUA